AACCCCGUGACAUUGUGGUAUCAGAGCCUGGUUCGCUUACAAACGGACCAGACUUGAUUCACUCUAUCGCUUCCGCAACACUCACCGAGAACGAGAGAGAAGAUGGCUCGCAACGGGACCACCAACAACACCGACGUUCCGACCUCUGAGUCUCACUCCGAGGGACACGUCCCUGGUGCACGGAGGGCUGAGGAGCCCCGCAUGACGAGAUCCCGUGCCCAGGCCUUGGCGGACGCAGCCGCGGACGCCCCUCAAGCCACGCUAACGCUCGAGGGCUUGGAUGAACGUCUCCGAGCUGUCGAGUAUCAAGACGUGCGUGUGGAUGACCUAGAACAAGAGAUCUCAGCCAUUGGUGGGAACACCAAGGAGAUGCUCGAGGACUUGGCUCAACAACAACGGAUUGAUCGAGGCUUGAACGGUUGCACAGGGACAUAGCUCAGCCAGCCCCUGCUCCAGCCCCGGCUCAAGUUCAUCACCACCCGGCCUUCAAGGUUCC